AUGCCGGCAAACUUGUUCAUCAGUUGCUUCGGUUUGCUGCUGAUCUUGGUGGGUUUGGUCUCGUCACCGGUCGCCUCUGUGCCUUUGGAGGUUGGUUCCUACCGGAAAUCAUGCCCCUCGGCGGAGAUGAUUGUGAGAGAUACAGUGAAGAAGGCAGCCGCAACAGAUCCGGGCAUAGCUGCUGCGCUCAUCAGACUCCAUUUCCACGAUUGCUUUGUCAUGGGUUGCGAUGCAUCAAUUCUGCUCGAUUCGAAACCUGGCAAGCCAGCUGCAGAAAAAGAAAGCAUGGGAAACAAAGGCGUCCAAGGCUUUGAGGUCAUAGACGAAGCCAAGGCCAAUAUAGAAGCUCAAUGCCCCAACACCGUCUCCUGUGCAGACAUAAUCACCUUCGCUGCCCGAGACAGUGUUUUUAUCACGGGGGGAACAUACUACUCUGCCCCCGGAGGCCGCCGUGACGGAACGGUCUCGUUGGUUUCAGAAGUGACCAAAAACCUCCCUGAUGCGUUUUUGAACGCAACACAACUGAAGACCAACUUUGCAAGAAAAGGGUUGUCACUGAAAGAUAUGGUGACGCUCUCUGGAGCUCACUCCAUUGGGGACUCACACUGCUCUUCCUUCUCAAAACGACUGUACUCCUUUAACAAAACACAUGCACAAGACCCUGAACUUGAUGCGGCUUAUGGGGAGUACUUGAAAUCCAAAUGCCCUAAUGUGAAAAAUGGUGUUGAUCCGGUUGUGGCUUUUGAUCCCUUAACCCCAACUUUGCUCGAUAACAACUACUAUAAGAAUUUGGUGGGUCACAAAGGGUUGUUGGCAACGGAUCAGGAGCUUUGGAGCAGUGAUUUGACUAGGAAGAUGGUGAAGUACAACCGAAACCAUCCGGGGAGAUGGGGUUUGGAGUUUGCUGCUGCGAUGGUGAAGAUGGGUUCCAUUGAUGUGUUGGUUGGGAAACAAGGAGAGAUCAGGAAGAACUGCAGGGCUGUGAAUUAA